AUGAUGUUUGACUACAAGUCUGAUGAUGAAGACGACGAUGACAAUGAUAAUGGUCCAGUCAAUGUGCCAACAACAUCAACAUCAACUAUCAAUACAACAUUGAAGCGAAAGACACCUCCUGUCAACCCAAAGACACAGACACAGACAUCAAAGAGUCAUUCAUUGUUCAAAGAUGAUCAAGAUAUAUAUGGUGGAAGAGAUAAGAAGAGACAUACUCCAGAUAACUCAACAUCAUCAGGUAGUUCUGCAUUGUUCUCAAUUCUACCUGCUCCAAAGUCAAGCUCAUCAUCGUCAUCAUCCUCAACCUCAUCCUCUGCUGUGUUGACUUCGUUAUCAUCAACUUCAACAACAUCGACAACUACAUCGACAUCAUCAAAGAUACAACAUGCACAACCGAAACAACAACCCAAACAAGAGAAGACAAUGACCAAGACAUUGAACCCAUCGGAAGAGAAACUUUUGAAUAACUCAAUGAUACCGGCUUCGUUGAGGAGGAGUUUGAUACAGAAGAAGGAAGAGGCAAAGAAGGCUCGAGGUGAAGAGUCCCCUAGACCUGGACAAUCACACAAUGCAUCCGCUACAUCUACCACUCCCGCUAGCAAGAAACAAUCCGACGAAGACGACGAGGAUGAUGAUGUACCUCUAUUCACAUUCAAUGAACCUUCGACGACUAAUGUUGUAGAGAAUGGCAAUGGCAAUGAUGAGGACGACGAGGACGAAGCAUUACAACGAGAGAUUGAAGCUCAGAAUCAACUGAUACAGGAUCAACAAGAACAAGGUCCACAAGGCCCAGAGGAAGGACAAGAAUAUGAUGAGUACGAGAAUGAUGAGUAUGCGGAGGAGCAAGGACAGGAGUGGACCGAGGAGCAACGUGUUGCCUAUUGGCAACAAUGGCAACAACAACAAGCUCAACAACAAGCAUAUAUACAAGGCGAUAAUAGAUAUAUUCAGAAUUAUGAUAUACAGAACACGACUGGACUGAUCGAGAUCAAUCAGAGUAAUUUGUUGGCACAGGAUCAACAGAGGAUACAUAAUCUGCGAGAGAAGCAGGGUAAGAUGGGGUCGGGUCCACAAAAGGCCAGCGGCACACAUCGCCAGAAGCAUCAAUGGACUUCAGUGUUGGCGGAUUUCCACACCAAGAAACGACAGAUUGAAGAGAGGAAGAUAGAUGAUUCAAUAUCCAAACGAAAUCAACAUAGAUAC